AGUAAAAGUAACUUCUUCCUUUAUACGAUACCCGAGCAAAAAUAAUGAUAUCCGACGGUAUAUAGAGUAUUCGUCGUUACGGAUCUGGUCUACCAUCUGAUAUCGAAAUCGGCAUUCCUCUAACGAGCCAUUUCCUGAAUAAACUAUAUUUCUUCCAAAUCCCUUACAACAUAGUGGACAGUGUUUCUUACACUCACAAGUAUUAUAACGAACACUCAACAAACGAAAGCAAAGCCGUAAAUUGGUCGGCUGAGACGCAUCGGGUUCGAAGGCUCCUAUACAUGCCAGCCAAAUAAAUUUCAAGACACCGCCGAUGGAAAGCUCAAGAUGCGACUUUAUGCUACUAAAAUAACAGAAAACCAGCCUUUGUAUUCUAUUACGUCUACAGAAAAACAUAUAGCAAUUGCAGGAGUAAAUAUUGUUCACAUCUUACCAACAAGUUUUUUUCCUGAGGUUUUUUCCAACGAAAGCGUAACUGCUUUAACGGAGGAAUGCUUUUCCGCUAAACUACAAUUCUCAGCUCCUGUCACAUGCGUUCGGUUUUCAAAGGAUGGUCGACUCCUUGGAAUUGCUACGGAAGACGGAACGUUCCUUUAUGAAGAGGAGAUUUGGGACUUGCCUUUGCAAACGAUCCCAGGGCCUGCCUACGAACUUUGCUGGAGUCAACAAGCUAACCUUCUGGCGACGGCCUGGAAGAGCAUUUCUAUUUAUUUGCGGAAAGAAAAAGAAAACUCAAAUACGUCCGAGAAUGGUCAAACUACAGAAAGGCUGAAAACUCAGACGAAGAAAACUCAAGGAACUCUGUCUCCUAAGACCGAGCACACCAGUAAUAGUAAAGUGAUUGAAUACAGUCUUUUAAAAGUAAUAGAUGGACAUCAUUCUUUUAUUUGUGGGCUUGCCUUUGACCCCCUAAGCCAAUAUCUGGCAUCACAUAGUUUAGAUCGCUCUUUAAAGAUUUGGCGACUAGCAACAUUUGCCUUGGAGAAAAAUAUAUCCAAGCCUUUUGAACAUAUGCCCAUCAACAGUCGCUAUCUUCGUUUAAGUUGGUCUCCGGAUGGUGCUCAUAUUGCCGCUGUUAAUGCUAUAAAUGAAGGAAUAAACGUAAUUGCUAUUGUUCAAAGAGACUCGUGGACAUUCGACAUUAGUUUAGUGGGUCAUCAAGAAUCCUUGGAGUGCACAUCGUUCAAUCCCUAUUUGUUCACUCAACCAUUUCAAAAGUCCGUCAUUGCCAGUGCUGCCCACGACGGAUGUAUUUGCAUCUGGAAUACUGCAUGUGCACGCCCGGUACUCGUCAUUAAGAACAUUACAUUUGCUGCCUUUUGUGACAUACAGUGGUCGAAUAGCGGGUUUGAGCUCUACGGAGUAUCUUUGGAUGGUCACAUUUGUUUACUGAGGUUUGAAGAGUCUGAAUUUGGUCCAAAGAUGAAUCAGCUAGAAUACCCAGAAGACCUAUCAAACUGUAACUUUUUGAAAAAGCCAUAUGGUCCCAGAAGCACACUGGAACCCACCGUUAUAGUUGCUGCACCCUCCCCAAAUACAACCAAUGAUAUCCCGAAAGUCCGUUCUCCUCCUCCUUCACCUCCUUCGGUAAAGAAAAGAAAAGUACUAAAGAAAAAAGUUACUGUACGUCCGGUAUCAAUUCAUCCUGCAACGUUGUUUUCCCAAAUUCGUUUCGGGUGCCCUUUGGUAAAACCAAGGUGGGAAAUUACUAAAUCUUUCGGGACUAUCAAGAUUAAAAAUUAUUUAGAAUGUACAAAGAUAGAAUGCUAUAUGGGGGAUGAGAGGCAAAGCACUCCUGACUGGGUAUCGUAUCUCUCUUCUUCAGUAAUCCUUGCGAAUGGCACGAAGAAGUUUUGGGCUGCAGGAACAGAAGAUGCCUCUAUUUAUGUUUUUAGUCUUCACGGAAGACUUCUGUCUCCUCCUAUCGUUAUAGGUUCAACGCCAUGCUUUUUGGAAUGUUGUGAGACAUACUUAUGCUGCGUGGCCUCGAAUGGUUUACUUUACACAUGGGAUGUAAUUUCUUCUAAAGCUGUUCAUAAUCCUGUUAGUAUGCUCCCUCUACUUCACGCGAAUUUUACAAAUUCAAAGGUCGCAAAAGGUCCUUCAUUAGAGCAAUUGUUUGUUACCGAUGAGGGUAACCCAAUUGCUGUUAUGAGUGAUGGAAACGCUUUUGCAUACAGUCCAAUUACGAGCUCCUGGCUACGGGUUAGCGAAGGAUGGUGGAUGAUAGGUAGUCAGUACUGGGGUUCACUUGUCACAGACUCUCGAGAAGAAAGCGCAUUGAGUUUCUUGGAGCGAUGUACGGAUGAAGAAAUUAUUAAAGCUGGAAGAGGAAGAUUCUUGCAAAGAAUUGUAAAAGCCUCUAUGCUCCGCCAAGGUUAUGAUAAUUACGAAAUGGUUGUGAGUAUACGACAUCUUGAAAAUCGUCUUAUGAGCUCUGAAAAGCUGAAUUUACAAUUUGACUUUCAUGAAAAUCUUUUGUUAUUUGCGAAUCGUAUUGCCGAGGAAGGAAUGAAGGAUAAAAUGGAUGAGUUAUGCCGUGAAUUGCUUGGUCCCUUGCGAGUCCCUUUAAGUUGCACGACUCCUGUAAAAAUUGGUGAUCGUAUCUGGAAUCCUUUCGUUUCUUCUUUAAACAAGCGGUCACUACUUAAGGAAAUUAUUUUACAUACGGCAAAACAUAGAGAAAUCCAAAGGAUUACAUCUCAAUACUCUUACCUACUAGAGCAUAUCCCUGCUUAGAUGC